UUUCUCCCUUCAUUUCCAAGUUAUCAGUUUAGCCGACAUCCCCUUCUUACAAAACCUCAUUCUCACCUUGCGCCUCACUACUCUUUCACACUCUCUCAGAAAUGGCGAAGAAGAAGGAGCGCAAAGUCAACGUCUCCGGCAAACCGAAGCAUUCCCUCGACGUGAACCGGAGCAAUGACGCCACCAAGAAGGAGGUGCGCUCCGCCGCCACCGUCCGCCGUCUCAAGAUGUACAAGUCCAGACCCGUUCGCGACAAAGGGGGCAAGAUCUUAUCCCACGAGUUACAGUCCAAGGAGCUUCCCUCCACGCGAAUCCAACCUGAUCGCCGCUGGUUCGCGAACACUAGGGUUGUGAAUCAGAAAGAGCUUGAGUUUUUCAGAGAAGAGCUGCAAACUCGUAUGUCAAGUAAUUACAAUGUUAUUCUCCAGGAGAAGAAGCUGCCCUUGUCACUGCUCAAUGAUCAUCAGAAGCAAUCAAGGGUUCACCUUCUUGAUAGACAGCCUUUCACGGAUGCGUUUGGACCCAAGACUAAAAGAAAGCGCCCUGGCCUGUUGGCGUCUGAUUAUGAGUCCUUAGCUAAGAAAGCUGAUGAUUCACAUGAAGCUUUUGAAGAAAAGUACGGUUCUAGUGGAACUGCAGAAGCUGAUGAAGCAGAUGGAUUUAGAGAUUUAGUGCGGCAUAAUAUGUUUGAGAAAGGUCAAAGCAAACGCAUAUGGGGUGAACUCUACAAGGUCAUAGAUUCUUCAGAUGUUGUUGUCCAGGUUCUAGAUGCAAGGGAUCCGCAAGGAACACGGUGUUACCAUUUAGAGAAGCAUUUGAAAGAAAAUUGCAAGUACAAGCACAUGGUGCUUUUACUGAAUAAGUGUGAUCUGAUUCCUGCUUGGGCAACAAAAGGAUGGCUUAGAGUUUUGUCUAAAGAAUAUCCAACUCUAGCAUUCCACGCAAGCAUUAACAAGUCCUUUGGAAAGGGUUCACUUCUAUCGGUUCUGAGACAAUUUGCUCGAUUGAAAACUGAUAAGCAAGCAAUAUCCGUUGGAUUUAUUGGAUAUCCAAAUGUCGGGAAGUCAUCAGUGAUUAAUACACUGCGAACAAAAAAUGUCUGCAAGGUUGCUCCAAUUCCAGGGGAAACAAAAGUCUGGCAGUAUAUAACUCUUACAAAGAGGACCUUUUUGAUUGAUUGCCCAGGUGUUGUCUACCAAAACAAAGAUACUGAAACAGAUGUUGUGCUAAAGGGUGUGGUACGUGUAACAAACUUGAAAGAUGCUGCAGAUCAUAUAGGUGAGGUUUUGAAACGUGUGAAGUUGGAGCACUUGCAAAGAGCAUAUAGAAUACAAGAAUGGGUUGAUGAAAAUGACUUCCUACUUCAGCUUUGCAAAUCGACAGGCAAACUUUUGAAGGGAGGUGAGCCUGACCUGAUGACUGCCGCAAAGAUGGUACUUCAUGACUGGCAGAGGGGUAAAAUUCCCUUUUUCGUUCCUCCCCCACGACUGGAUGACUUGUCCGAGGAACCUAAUGUUAAUGGAAUUGAUGUCGCUGAUGGCGUUGAUAGCAACCAAGCAUCUGCUGCUAUUAAAGCUAUCGCAAAUGUUCUUUCAUCCCAGCAACAAAGAAGUGUACCUGUUCAGAAGGAUUUAUUUAGUGAGAACGAGUUGGAAGGGGAAACUGCUGAUCAAUCUCUGAACACAGGGGAUCCAGACACUACAGAUCCAUCUGAGGAGCUUCAUUCUGCUGAACUGGUCCCAACAAAGGAGUCAUGAGUUUUGGUGGCAGCAUAGCUGUUGGGGGUAUGAGUUGGUUUUAUUUCAAUUCCUGAAAAAGCUUUCCUUCCCAUUUGCAACAAGGAAAUCAUGAGUUUUGGUGGCAGUGUAGUUGUUGGCGUUUGCGUUAGUAUUAUUUCUAUUCCGGAAAUUUAAGUAGAAGUUUAGGGCAAUUUAAAAGUUGAAAACCAUUUAUCAACCUAAAUUAUAUAGCCAUGUAACUGCGGAAUUAUAUCCAUACUACCUUUUUGAAUUUAUUUGCUCUAUAUAGGAAUAAUGACUCUUUGCUUUAGAA